AAAGAUACGGAGAAUUCAUUAUUAAAUCCUCCAUCUGACGUCGCUUUGAUCCUUUAAAUCCGCCGCCUUAAGUACCAUCAUGGUCAGACAAGACUACAGUAUCUGGGGUGUCAACGCAAAAGAGCUUGGAAGCCAAGCAAAGUCACGCCACGCCCUAUUAGUACACCACAAAAUCACAACUCACUUGAACGACUUUGCUACAACCUUGAGAAAAGAAAUUUGAAAGAAACAGUUUCACCAUGAUGCGCAAAAUUGCUCUCCUCCUUCUUGGCCUUUUGGCUCUUGCCACUACCAGCGAAGCAUUCCGUCCCCGCCAGCAAGCAUUGGCAAAGUCCGCUCCAUUCCAAAAUGACAACACCCACGAAAAAUCGCCCUUGACAACCGCAACCAGCGCCGUCCCACGGGGUGGAGAAAUUCUGGGCAAAAACAAGGCCUUUUUCGUCAAAAUGCAUGCCUACGUUUGCUUCUUCCAAGCCCUUCAUUUCACUCUGGAAAGCUGCGGCAUCAAGGUCCCCAUCAUGGGAUUGUCGGCGACCAUUGCCGAUACCGACUUUUCCAGCCCCGGUACUGCCACUGUUCUGCGCAUGCUGGCAGCUUUUGUUCUCUUUACUGGAUUGAUCGAAUUGGAUUUGGCCGAUCAUCCCGUCACCCAAAAGAGCUUUUCCAUUUACCACGUCGGAUUGACCACGGCCACCGUGUUGGGAUCUCUGGCUGCCCCGACGGGUCCCAUGUCCUACGUGUUGCCCUCUUUGGUUGGAUUGUUCCUGGUGUUAUCGCUGUUGGCAUAAACAAUGUACAUAACAACAAGUGAGUGUGGUGGGAGAAUGAUGAUGGAAGAGAAGGCAGGGAAGGAUUCGACGGUGCCUCCAGAAAGGAAACUGUGUUCUGUAUUCAUAUGGACUUGUGGGUUCCAAUGCAUCUAGCUAGGAAAAUGCUAACUACAAUAGUCCGAGGAAACCAGUACUUUUGGCCACUACCGGCACUCUAGUCUAGCUAGUAAAUCAAGC